ACAGGAAGAACAAAUAUUUGGCCAAAAGCAGAAGGACAAGAGAAGAUGGAAAUACAAAGAGAAGAUUCCUUCUUCUUGGAGAAGAGACAGGAGGCAGUUGAAGCCACAGGAGAAAGUCUUAGUCGGCCUACACCUCUUCCUGAACUGUGCUUGGUUUUACUAGGCCGCAAAGGUGCUGGGAAGAGCUCUGCUGGAAAUACCAUUUUAGGCCUGGCCGGAGGGUUUGAGACAGGUAAACCAACGGAGGAGUGUGUGAAGAGACGUGCCGAUGUAGCAGGAAAGCGUGUUACAGUUGUAGACACCCCUGGUUGGGAAUGGUACUACCCGGUUAAUGGUACUCCUGGCUGGGUAAGGAGAGAGACAAUGCGAAGUAUGUCCUUGUGCCCACCAGGCCCCCAUGUUGUCCUUCUAGUGGUACGAUCCUGUACCUCAGUGACAACAGACUACCAUCAGCAGAUUGAAGAGCACCUAGAGCUUUUGGGCAAAGCAGUGUGGGAUCACACGAUGGUGCUGUUCACACGAGGGGACGAAUUGGGCUCCAUUCCUAUUGAACAGAGGAUUCAAAAUGGGGGCAAGGCCUUCCAGAGGCUUCUGGAAAGGUGUGGAAACAGAUUCCAUGUUCUCGAGAACAAACGGCGUGUUGAUGACGGAACUCAGGUGAAGGAACUUAUGAGGAAGAUGGAAAAGCUGGUUGAGGAGAGACAGGGCAGAUAUUAUGAGACAGAUCGUCUUCUUCUGGAGCUCGAGGUGGAGCGCAAAAGGAGGGCACGAGAGAGGAGGAAGAAACAGAGACUGAUGGAGGCUCAGACGCAGAAAGGAACCAUCAGAUCUGUGCUGAUAAAUGAUAAUCUUCAAGUUGAAGCCUUGGACGAAAGGAAUCUCUUCUCUAGAGGUUCACGGCGUCUUCCAGAGCUGAGACUUGUUCUGCUUGGAGAGCGGGAGACAGGGAAAAGUUCUGCUGGUAAUGCCAUCCUUGGAGGAUCAGGAUACUUUAAAAGAGGAGAUGCUACAGAGGAAUGUUUAAGACAUCAGGCGGAGGUUUCAAACAGACUGGUCACGGUGGUGGAUGUGCCUGGAUGGGAGGGUGGACCAGAGGGAAUAACUCCUGAAAGAGUGAAGCGAGAGAUCGGAUUGAGUGUGACACUGUGUCCUCCAGGACCUCAUGCUAUUCUUCUGACGCUGAGAGUGGAUGCGCUUGUCCAAGCUCCAGCAGUCCGAGAGCACCUGGAGCUUCUAGGGGAGACAGUUUGGAGACAUACAAUUCUUCUCUUCACAAGAGGUGACCAGCUUCGAGAGGGAGUCACUAUUGAGCAGCAUAUUCAAGGAGGAGGCAAAGAUCUCCACUGGCUGAUGGAAAGAUGUUCAAAUAGGUUCCACGUCAUCAGCAGCAACUCUUGUUUGAAAGGUUGGAAUUCUACAGCACAGAUAACUGGACUUCUUGAGAAGAUUGAGAAAAUGGUAGCAGGAAAUUGGUGCGAGGCCUUCUCGCCACUAGUGCAUGAGAUUCAGGAGUUAGGAAAACAAAAGAAUGAGAAAUUCCAACUGAAGUUUAAGGAGUUUAAUGAGAAGCUUCAACGGCAGGAAGAAGAACUGAAGAAAAUGAAGGAAAGAGAGGUGAGGAGCAUUAGGUGGUUUUUCGAAAGACGAAAAAAAGACAAAGUGCAGUCCCCUGGGAAGACAGAAAGGGAGGAGGCGCCAUACAAGGGCGAAGAUGACAGGAAGAGCAUGAUGGGCGAAUUGGAGGAGAGGAUGGCAUGGUUGACGGAAGACAGGGAGAGGGAGGUACAAGAGCUGACCACAGAAAGAAGCAAAGUCAUGGUGGCUUUUAAUCAGGGACUUCGAGAAAAAGAGCAACUGGUAAUGCGAUUAGAGGAAAGAGACAGGGAGGGGGAAGAACUUAAAGAAAAAGUGGAUGAACUUCAAAUAAAACUGCUGGAAGUGGAACGAAUGGGUGUAGAGAAAGAGCAAGAACAAAAGGAGAGAGAGAAAGAAUUGCAACAAGUACACCAGGAUGAGAUAAAUCAAUUGAGAAACAAACUGGUUGAUGCAGAAAAUGAGAAAGAUAUGAUACAAAAAAAAGUUGAAGAAACACAGAAAGAGAUGGAUGCAUCACAACGCAAGUAUGAAGAACACACCGAACAGAACAAGAAAGACACAGAGAGCAAACUGAAAGAAAAGGACAAUAAAAUAGAAAACAUUCUCAUAGAAAUUCAGAAAGCUGAGAGCAGAGAAAGAGAACAAUGUGAAAGAUGGAGAGAAAGAGAUGAAAAGAGGGAGAAAGAGAUGGACAAACUGAGAGAAGUGAUCGAGAUGAUGACAAAAGAGAUGGAAGAGCUACGGAUAUUAUACCAAGAGCAAGUGAAAAUCACGCAAACGGAGAGAGAAAUGCAUGGAGACGUUGUGGAGAAAUACAACACACUCUUAGAUAAACUUGUAGGGAAAGAUGAAGAAAUAGUUGCCAUGCAUCAGGAGCAUGAGCAAACAAGAAGUGAUAAAGAGAAAGAGCUGCAUCGAAAUGUUGAAACUCAAGAGAAACUGCAGGAGAAAGAAGAAGAAUUAGCCAUGUUAAGACAAAGAGACUUGGAGAAAGACAGAGAACUUGACACACUGAGAAAAAACAUAGAAAAGUUGAAAGAUAGCAUUGAGGAAAAUAUUGAAGAAUGUGCAGCUCAAAUGAAACAUGCAGAGAAAGAAUUGAAAAGAAAAGAAACAGAAAUAGUCAUAUUAAAAGAAACAGACCAGGAGAAAGACAGAGAAAUGGAGACAUUGAGACAAAACAUAGAAAAGUUGAAAGAUAGCAUUGAGGCAAAAAAUGAAGAAAGUGCAGCUCAACUGAAACAUUCAGAGAAAGAAUCAAAAAGAAAAGAAGAGGAAAUAGUCAUAUUAAAACAAAUAAACCAGGAGAAAGACGGAGAAAUUGACACACUCCAGCAAAAAAAUUGCGAAAAACAGAAAGACAUAGAAAAGUUAAAAGAGAGCAUUAAGUCGAUUAUUGAAGAAAGUGCCGCUCAACUGAAACAGUUACAAGUUGAAUUCAAGGUAAAAGAAAAGGAAAUAUUAAAAUUAAAACAAAUAGACCUGGAAAAAGAGGAAGAAAUGAACAGACUGAGGCAAAAUAUUAGUGAAAAACAGACAGAAAUACAAAAGUUCAGAGACAGCAUCCAGGCAAAUACUGAAGACUGUGCAGCUCAAAUAAAAAAAAUAGAGGAUGAGCUGAUAAGAAAAGGAGAGGAAAUUACCAAAUUACAACAAAGUGACUUGAAGAAAAAUGCUGAAAUCGACACACUGCAGCAAAGCAUGAGCAAGAAACAGAAAGAAAUUGAAAUGUUGACAUGCAGUAUUCAGUCAAAUAUUGAAGAAAAUGCAGCUCGACUAAAAAAAUUAAAAGAAGACUUCAGUGUAAAAGUAGAGGAAAUGGCCAAAUUGAAGCAAACAGACCUGGACAAAGACAAAGAAAUGGACAUACUGAGGCAAAAUAUUAGUGUCAAACAGAUAGACAUAGAAAAGUUGAAAGAAGAAAGUGCUGCUCAACUAAAACAUGUACUGGAAGAAAUGAAAACCAAAGAAGUGGAAAUAACCAAACUAAAAGAAAGAGAUCUGGAGAAAGACAAAGAAAUGGACACACUGAGGCAAAAUAUCCACAAUAACCACAAAGGCUUGGAAAAGUUAAGAGAAAACAUUCAGGAAAAUACUGAAGAAAGUGCAGCACAAUUGAAACAUUUAGAGGAAGAGUUUGAAAUAAAAAUUGAGGAUUAUAAAAGAAAGAAUCAAAUGAUGACAGAGGAGAUGGAAAGACUAAAGAAUCAACAUGAGGAAAGAAUCAGACAUGUAGAAAAGGAAAAUAGACUGGCAAUUGAAGGGAAAGAGAACACCAUAAAUCAGUUACAGCAAACGCUUGGAGACAAUGAAAGAAGCUUGGAAGAGCUAAGACAGCAAUACAAGGAAGACCAAGAAAGAAUUGACAUUUUGCAAAGCAUGAAUGCAGAACUGGCAAAAGAAUUAGAAGAGCUGAAGUUUAAGUGUGAAGGUUUUGAGAGAGAUCUGCAAGCUCACAGAGAAGCAGAGGAAAUAAGAGAGACUGAAAUUAAAGAGAUAGUUGGCCGCUAUGAGAUGCAAAAAACAAAAGACGUUCAGACUCUAAAGCAAAUGAAAGGGCAAAAACAAGAGAUAGAUCAGCUUAAACAGGUGCUGGAAGAAUUAAAAGAGAAGCAGAAAGAGAAGGAGGUUGAGAUGAAAGAGAUGAAGGUGUAUUAUGAUGAGAGACUGAUCGAGAGAAAAGAACUUGAGAUUCAAGAAUCAGAGAGAGAACAGCAACUUCACAGAAGAGAGAGGGAUGUAGAAAAAAGAGAAGAGAAUUUAGCAGAUCAGUUGAAAGAUCUAGAACAAAGCAAACUCAAUUUGGUAACAAGACAGGAUGAAAUUAAUCAUUUAGAGCGAGAGAUUAGGGACAUGCAGAAAAAUCUGGAAAUUGAGUGUCAAAACAACAAAUAUUUGGCUGCAGAUGUGGAAAGAAUGAAAGAAGAGAUCAGGAAAAGACAGCAAGAACUUAUGGAUAGGGAGGAAAAUAUAAAAGUAAAUGAGCAACAGAUAAAAAGUGAAAGGGAAGAGCUAGAGGAAACCGAGAAAGUAUUGGAAAGCAAGCAAAAGGAAAUGAGAGAUUUGACUGAAAAACAGGAGAAAAAUUGGGAAAACCUUAGACAACAGCUGGAGCGGAGAGAAGAAGAACUUCAAGAAACUGAGGAGAAUUUUGCAAAAGAACAACAUAUUCUUAAAGAAGAAGGAAAUUCUUUGAAAGUGCUGAGAGAGAAUCUGGAAAAGAGAGAAAAUGAACUUCAAAAACGAGAACAGAUGUUGGAAGUAAAGAUCCAAGAGUUAUCAAACAGCUCAAAGGAACUUGACAACAACAAACAGGAUGUAGAGAAAUGGCAAGCUGAUUUGAGUAAUAAGGAAUAUGAUCUUCUGCAAAGAAAAGAUGGAUUACAGAAAAAGGAGGAAGAACUUGUUCAGAGAGAGAAGGACCUUGAACUCAAAGACAAAAUGUACAUGAAGCUAAAUCAAGAUGUGAAAAAACUAGAGGAAGAAUUCAUCGAGCUCGAAAGCAUUAAAGAAGUGUUAGGAAAAAGGGAGCAAGAACUGUUUAAAAGUGAAGAGGCACUUUCUCAGAGCAAGCAGAAGCUGAAGAGUAAAGAAAUAUACUUGGAGAAAAGACAGCAAGUCAUGCAAAAUAGGGAAGAACAGUUGCAACAGGAGAAACAACAGAAUGAAAACAUGUUUAACGGCCUCAAGAAACAACAGGACGUUUUGAAAGACAGAGAACUUACUUUAGAUACCAGAGAAACAGAGUUGCGCCACCUAGAAACUGAGCUCAAAAUCCAAGAUAAUAACAUGACAGAUAAAGCUAAAUUCCUGCAAACCCGAGAACUAGAUGUGAAGAAAAACGAAACUGAUUUUGAGAAGAAAACACAAACGCUAGAAGUCCUAAAACUAACACUAGAGGUGAAAGAAAAAGAGCUGGAGGAAUGUAAAAACCAACUGGAGAGCAGAAUACAGGACUUAAAUGAUGAACAAGACAAUCUGAAAAACAAGCGAGAAGAGCUUGAAAAAUGGGAGAAAUAUCUGUAUAACACAGAGCUCAAACUGAUGAACAAAGAGCCUUUCUUAGAGUAUCAACAAUGGAAAAACAGUGCUGAAUUUAAUGGGAAACAAACAGAAACAGAACACAUCCAUAAAAUGUACCAAGAAGUUGGAGUAGAUGGUAGCAUUUGUGAGAGCGAUGCAAGAGAGAAUAAACAUAACGGAAUUGCAAAAGAAAGGGAUGAUGAACAGAAAAUGGAGUUGAUUUCUUCCUCUGCAAAUAACAGACUCGUAAAGGCUUAUAAUGGUAAAGGGACAAUGGACGUCAAGUAUCAACAGAAAGAUGCUGAAAUCUAUGCAGAAAAAGAGCUGGGUGGCAUUUCUGAUGUGGAAAGUGAGGAAGACUUCUUUGACUCUUCAAGCCAGGGUAUUCAAACAACCCAAGGCAGAAACAGCCCCGUCUUGGAGUUAAGACUGAUGCUUCUGGGGGACACUUGGUCUUCACGUUGCUUAGCUAGACACAUUUUACUGGGGCCUGAUGCAGAUGGAAGUAACCCUUGGAGGGGAGAUAUAUCUGGCAGGCACCUUACUCUCGUGGAGCCACAAGGUUUGAAAUGGCGAUCGGGAACCGAUAGCAAAGACACGUUCAAAAUGAAUAUCCCUCAUAGUGUGUCCCUAUGCCAGCCAGGACCACAUGCCUUCAUCUUGUUAAUACCUGCUUAUGUAUCCUUCACUGGUCAGUACAGGCGUGCAGUGGAACAUACAAUGUCUGUGCUAGGAGAAGGUGCAUGGAAGCAUACUAUCGUCCUGCUCACCUGGGGGGAGAUGCUAGGAGAAAGUGGCCAGCAACAUGUCAAGAGAAACGGGGACCUGGAAUGGCUGGUUAGAAAGUGUGGUAAGAGAUGUUAUGUGUUUGACAACAGACAUCGGGAAUCUCACAUGACAAAGCUGCUGGAGAGGGUUGAGGAAAUGGUGGUAGGAAACAAUGGACAUUACUACAAAUUGGAUUAAAAAGAGUUUAAAGAAGCUCAACUGAGCUUGACUGUGAAUAUUUAAAUAUGUUUUUUCAUUGUGACAAUAAACACAGUAAAUGUUUUGGUAUUUUUUUCAAAUGUAAAAGUGCUACAUCUAUGUAUUCAUCUUCUUGACCUACAUUGAUUAAUUCUGUCAGGACAUUUUAAUGUUAAACCCUUUAUACAGUACUGCACAUUAUUUAGUAAGUAGAACGUUAUUUGAUUAUUAUAGACCUUAUUCACAGAAGCGCCAUCUUUGAUUUUUGAAGGGAAUGAAAAUAAUGCGGAUAGAUUUCCAGUCUCUUGAGUGACAAGCACUGUAAAGCUAUCAAAAACCUCAUAGAUCACAUCUAAUUUUCCCCAACUCAUGUUGUCUCAAGCCACAUUCCAAUUUCUUGGAAAGACAUUUUGGUAGCACUUUUUAAGAAGCCCAUAUUUAUAAUGCAUUUUAAAUCCAGUAUGAUGUAUUUGUAAAGUCUCAUAAUUUGUUGUAAAUUCUCAUUAAUAAUUGUAACCACAAUUAUAAUACUUACCUAUUCUUAGUUAUACCUUAGAAUAAAAUGCAUUAUAACAUGAGCAACAUAAAAUUGUAUCUGUAGACAUUAAAAUGUAUUAUAUAUAUUUUUAUUAUAAAUAUAUUAGGGCUGUCGAUUUCCGCGUUAAUACAGUGCGAUUAAUUUGAUUAAAAAUAAGGCAUUAAAAAAAUUUACGCAAUUAAUCACAAUGCCCCUGGAUUGUAACAAGGAAGGUUCCUGAGAAAUGCAAGCUUGUAGUACCACUUGUUUACUCCAGAGGGCAGUAAGUGAAAUUUCAGCUGUGUGGCAACUCGCAGUAGAUACAGUGAAGUAAACAAGCAGACAGCACAAAACAGACAUUU